AUGAAGCGAAAUAGCUUGAAAAUCUGCAGCCGCUGCAUUAGUCGAGACAGGAAGAAAGGCCCCAACGAGCCCUACUUCUUUAGCGCUGCGAACAACCUUGACUUUGGGGAAGUCCCGAGCGAUCUACCCGAUCUAACGAUGGUCGAGGAGAUGCUCAUUGCUAGAGUUCACGUACAUGUGAAGGUCCUGCAGCGCCACCACCGGGGCUAUCGCGAUAUCGUCGUCCCCAAAGGCCCCGUCGAGGAGGCUGUGGAAGAGGAUCCUAGCGAUGCCGAUGCAUCAGCGAUCCCGAAUUUGCAGGUUACCGAUACCGAAUUGAACGCUCUGCAGUCCCGAUUUCUUGAUGGCUCACCACCAGAUGCCGCUGCCUUCAGUUCGCAGGACCCCCAUCGACGAAUUCAACCGUUCCCAGCCGCUGCUAACGCUUGCAUUCCCUACCCUGACGGCAAGGCCGACUUCGUGGAGCCUCGUUUACGGAGCAUCACGUUCCAGGACUACCUUGCCCAUGCGAUGAGAUGGCAUGACGGACGUUUCGCCCGCCAUAAGACGUGGCCUUUCGUCGCCCUCAACACGCUGUUACAGGAAGCAAUGGCUGAGCCUGACGAGCCGGAGGCUCAGGUCCUGAUCCAGUCGAUCACGCGCCAAGCCGCAGUAAUUAGGGCACCCGGCCGUAUUGGCGGCGCGGAUGGCUCUAUCCGGCAACUACUGCGAGACAACGCCCACAUCGCUGCGUACCACUUUCAUAAGCGUUAUGCGCUGUUUAGGGCUAUUGUCUUGAAGCAGAAGUUCAACCUAACGGACUCUUGGGGCCGCUACGAGUGGGGCGAGCGGAACGAUGGCCAGAUUAACCACUACAACCGCUUGCUUACCGUUGCGUGGCUAGCCAAUACAGAUGUUUCGCCUUGCACGAGUCUACAGCAGGUAAUCGAUUACGCGGCCAAAUACUGCUCCAAGUCGGAAAAGAAGAGCGAGUCUUUUGCCCAGAUUGGGAAGGCCCUGAUGCCCCGGGUCAAGGACCACAACCCCUUGAUUUCCUUCACGUCAAAGCUCCUCAAUCAGCUGGUUGCGGAGCGGGAUUACUCGAAGCAGGAGGUCAGCCACUUGCUCCUCGGCCUGCCGUUACAGGAAGGGUCACGAACUUGCCUGGACCCUUCCAAGUGGAAGCAAUGGCAGCCAGGCAACAUUAACGGCAGGCCUCGAGUGCUGGUUUACUUUCCUCGCUAUCAGGCUGAUCCAGAAGGUCAACAGUGGUCAGAUUACUGUCGUGAAGAUCUUGACCUACUUGGCCGCCGCGAUAUCGACAUCAAUUACGACUGGACACAGCAUGUGGGUACUUAUCCGGAACUCCGAGACGGCUACUGGAAAGACCUUAUCGCUAGCCACCCCAUGGCCAACGAUGUGGAGGUCCUUGGCCCUCACUGGCGUAAUACGCUGAAUACGCAACAACGGCUCGUGUACGACACAUUCAUGGGCCACUUCCAGGCGCAAAAUCCUGCUCAAAUCCUUCUCCACGUUGAUGGUGGUGGUGGCACAGCCGCCCUACCGAAUCCUAGCCCUAUAUGCCGCGUGGCGCCAACAGGCGUUGCGAGUAACCAGAUACAGGGCAGCACCAUUCAUUCGUUGCUGCGCCUCCCAGUAGGCGGUACUUUCACCGACCUUCCCCCGGCCGACGCAGCCGCCCUUCAGUCCCGCCUACGGCACAUCAAAUACCUCGUUAUCGAUGAAAAGAGCAUGCUAGGGCUUGAGCAGCUCGCGCGGAUCGAUUCCCGUUUGCGACAAGCCUUUCCACAGCGUAACCUCGAGUUCUUUGGUGGUGUGAGCGUUGUGCUUGUGGGCGAUUUCUUCCAGUUACCACCAGUCCGACAAAAGCCCCUGUAUUCGACUAGCACCGGCCUGUCUUCGUUGGAAAGGAGAGGGCAGGUGGCCUACCGCCUAUUUGACCGCACCGUCUUCCUGACCACGGCACAGCGCCAGGCUGGUGAUGAUCAGGCCCAGUUCCGUCAGGCGUUGCAGGAACUGCGUGAUGUAAAGUUAUCUAUACCAUCCUGGAACCUCCUUAGCAAUCGGGCACGGGUCAACCAAUACAACCACGAGCAUAUGGUGCAUCUCAACGCCCCGGCAAUACAAGUGGAGGCAAAGAAUCACGGCAACGGCGCUGGGCAGGCACCAAGCAACAAUGCUGGCAAUCUAUCUAACAAGUUCCCUGUUGCUAAGGGCACCAGGGUGAUGCUCACGACUAAUCUGUGGCAAUCAGCUGGCCUAGUUAACGGUGCUCAGGGAAAAUCUCACCCCAUCCUGCCAGUCAGGCGGGACUUCCUUGUGGGCAACGAGACCUGCGCUCGCACGCAGUUUCCCCUAAUCGUGGCGUUUGCUAUUACUGUUCACAAAUGCCAGAGCCUAACAAAGGAUAAAAUAGUUACUGAUCUCGCUACACGCGACUUCCAGGCCGGUAUUAGCUAUGUUGCCGUCUCACGGGUUACCUCGCUCCAAGGCUUACUCCUUGAGGCGCCGUUCGAUCGUCAGAGCCUCUAUAACCACACGCCGACGGAAGGGAUGAAGAUGCGCCUCGCUGACCAACAACGGCGUCAGGGUCAACAGCUGAGCGAUCCACUGUAUCCACCACUCUACCGUGACUAA